UUAAUUUUAUUAUAGCAUUGGUAUGAUGAUUUAAAAAAAUACAAAGGAUUUUUUUAUUUGCUUUUUAUUAUAGCAGCAGGUUAAGAUUAUUGCAACCAGUUUUCGCAGUAUAUAUUUGGAUGUUCUUUGGGAUGUGGUUGCCACCUACACUGCAUUGCUUUUUCUGGUGCCUUAUUAAAUUCCUGUUUCUCUUCUUCCAUCACCAACCACAAACACCGUAUCUAAUGGCAGAGAGUGUAACUUGCUGUAUGGCGUGGAGGACAAGAUCCAGUCCCUCCAGUAUGAACUUCAAAUGAUGAAAGAGGUGCUCAGUAGCACAAGGAGCAAGAAGGGAAUGAAACAUACAGUGUUGAACCAAAUCAGAGAUGUGUCCCACUUAGCUGAGGAUCUCAUCGACACAUUCGUAGCCAAAGUUUCCAUUUACAAGAGGAGAACCAUUCUGGGGAGGAUGCUCCGUGGCUUUGGCCAAUUAAGGUUGCUCCACCGCGUAGCCGACAAAAUAGACAAGAUCGAAACCACUCUCAACGAAAUACGCGACAACAAGGACAAAUAUGAUGCUUUCAAAGAAACCAAGAAUCAAUCCGCAGCAGAAGAAGAGGAAGAGGAGGAGAAGGAAAGAGCAAAAUCAGUGCAGAAGCUAAGAAGAAAUGUGGAGGAAGAUGACGUGGUUGGCUUUGUCCAAGACUCCAAGGAUCUCAUCAAGCGACUCCUGGAAGGUGGUUCAGAUCGUAAUGCUGUCUCGAUCAUUGGCAUGGGGGGAUUGGGGAAGACCAUCCUUGCCCGAAAGGUCUAUAACGACACCCAGGUGAAGCAACACUUCAAGUGUCGUGCAUGGGUUUAUGUGUCAAACGAGUGCAGAGUUAAGGAGCUUUUGCUUGGCCUUCUUAAAACCUAAAAGAAAUAAACAUAGCUCUUAUUUUCAGAUUUAA